AAACCUUUGGACAACUUCCGAUUCCUUGUUUUAACAGUAUUAUUUAUGUUUUUAUUUAUUUAUUUAUUUAUUGUUUUUUUUUAACUACUCACAAUGGACAGUAAAAAAAGGAAACUUCCCAAACAUUUUGAGACAGAAGUAAAUUACAGUUUUAUGAAUGGUGUCAAUGCCUACAUUAUGAAGGCAGGAAUUGAAAAUGCCAGAAUGAAAAUCUUCAAAACUCAGCUAAAGAAAUAUGGAGGGUCUUUCUCCGAUGAGCUGACUCAAGACACUACAUAUAUAAUUGUGGAAGAAAAGAUUGAUAUAACAAGACUACUAAGUAUUCUACAAGUUGAAACAAUUCCUGGUCAUAUUAAUGUAGUUAACACUAAUUGGCUUAGUAGAUGUUUUAGAGAAAAAUCACUAGUUAACAUAGACAACUUUAUAAUCAACAGAAAUUUGCUAAACUUUAAAACCGAUGUGCAAAAUGUCAGUAAAACAUUUGAGAUAUACCCUGAAGAUGCUGUGAGGGAAAAUAAACAAACAACAUUUUCAGGAACACUUAAGGUGGCUCCUGUUUGUACACCAAGUAGAAUUCAUCCGCAUGAAUCAAAACAAAAAAGGAGUAAUGAAUGUGAGAGUGGUAAUAGUAGUGAAUAUGAAACAAGUGAUGAUGAUGUAAAGCUCAAUCGAAAAGUCUCUGUUCCAUCAACUGAGGGCAUGUUGAAGAAAGGUAACUGGGUUUGUGCACAGUCUUCUUUGAACCCAAUACCUAAUCUCAACAGCCAUAUUACAGAAAAAUUAGAGGAAAUGGUGAAAAAGUAUGAAAGUACAAGUGACAAGUGGAGAGCUUUUGGAUACCAGAAAGCAAUCCAGGUUCUCAAGAAACACCCAAAGCAAAUCACAACUUGGGAGGAAGCAAAGUCUUUACCGGCCAUCGGAGCAAAACUGGCUGAUAAAAUUUGGGAAAUUAUAGAAAGUGGUGGAUUACGGAAGUUAGAUGAAUUUAAAUCUAGCGAAGAGAUUAAAACAUUGGAACUUUUCAGCAAUGUUUGGGGUGCUGGUGCUGUAACAAGUCGACAGUGGUAUCAGCAGGGAUUUAAAACACUAGACGAUCUCAAAACAAAGGCAAAGUUGACACACCAACAAGAAGUUGGUUUGAAGCACUAUGAUGACAUUUUAGAUAGAAUGUCAAGAGAAGAAGCUGGCGAAAUUGAGAAAACAGUCAGAAAGACAGUAGAAACCAUUCAACCAGAAAUCAUAUCUCAAGCUUGUGGAUCGUACAGACGUGGUAAAUCUACUUGUGGAGAUGUUGAUGUAUUGGUUACACAUCCGGAUGGAAAAUCACACAAAGGCAUAUUUUAUAAGCUCAUAUCAAAACUUAAAGAACAAGGAUUUAUAACAGAUGAUUUAGUGUCGAGUGAAAACGAUGGUAAUCAACAGAAAUAUUUAGGAGUUUGUAAGUUACCUGGCAAAAAUAGAUUACACCGGCGUUUAGAUAUAAUUAUUGUCCCAUAUGAUGAGUAUGCCUGUGCAUUAGUGUACUUUACGGGUUCAGCUCAUUUCAACAGAUCUCUUCGGAACCUUGCAAAGAAAUGUGGUAUGUCACUGUCGAACCAUGCAUUACGAAAAGAUGUCGUUAGAAAGGGAACACAGAAGAUCUAUGAAGGAACUGUAAUACCAACUCCCACUGAAGAAUCUGUGAUGACACUUCUUGGUGUACCAUACAGACCACCCAAUGAAAGGGAUCAUUGACAAAAUAUGUCCUAAUAACUUAUGCUUGCAGUAGUUAUAAAGUUAAUGUGGAUAAUUGUCAUUAUACAAUAACUAGUGUAAACUGUAUAAUAACAACCAUUGGAUUUGUGCAUUGGUCUCCACUUAUUUGCAGACUGUUAAAGGAUAACUAUAAUGCCAAAAAUAGCCUUGAAAUUCUGGUUCUUACCGCUACAACUACUUUAAACAAAUCAUGUAUGAGAGCACAGUCAAAGCUUCACAGUAGGGGUAUAUAAAUAUCAAAAAACAAUUUAUGCAUUUUUCGGACAUAAAAGUAUGACAAAAACCAAUGGCUGCAAACUAGGAUUCAAAAUGUUCUGCAGCCAAAAAAUUGAAUACAUUGAAUCCCUAGACACAAAAACUUUUAAGGAUGUUAACAAAAGUAACUUGUUACAAACGGUUAAGAAAAUUUGACCAAAACUCAAGUUACAACAAAAUGCAUUCUUGAUAGAUUAGUCCUUUGUCAAUUUAUGUGAUGUAUCAACAAGAAGUUAUUUGUAUUAGUGAUUCUAUCACAACUAUUUCUCUGUGAUAUUUGUAGUAUUUUGGCCUAAUUGAAAACAUCAACUUCUUCAAGCCAAUUUCAUCCCCUCAUGAUUAAUUACAAAACCUUAAUUAAAACUUUUAUUACAGGUAUUUUUAUCCCCUUUCCUUAUUAUAUUAAGCUUAAAACAAAAGAAACAUUAUUUUUUUCAAGUUAUACACUGUCCACACUAGGGGCUGUUUUGUAAACCAAAGGACAAUAAUUGGGUUACAGGACCAAGAUGGAGUUCCCCAUUUGUUAAUAAAGGACUUAACUUAUUUUUAAUUGUUAAGAAAAGAAAAUGGGUAUCUAUUUGGUUGAAAUUCUAGUUAAAUAACCCUUUUGAUAGAGAGAACCUGUGAAAGUUAAGCAAAGAUAUAACUUAACAUAUUCAAUGAUUAUGUCUCUGUUCUAAAAAUUAUGUAUGAAAGAGAAACUUUGUAUCAGACAUAUAAUGUAUUAUGUCUCUGUGUGUAUGUGUUGUGUAAAAUUUUAUAGUAUUAAUAUUAGAUAUAUAUUUUUUCUCUGUUUAAAUGUUAUUUAUACAUGUUAUUUAUUUGAUCAGCUAAAAUGUGUUAAAAAAUUGAUAUGGUUAAUGUCCUCUGAAGAUCAUUAUAUAUAUAAUCAAUUAUAUACAUUAAUAUGCAACUGAAAGAAUGAAAAGUUCAAAUUGUUGAAUACUUAAAUUGAAUCACUUUACUUGUGAUAUAUCUAUUUCAUUGCUAUAUGCAUCUGUUUUUAUGUUCCCUUCCCUAUGCCAUUUUAUAUCAAUUAUUAAUAACUUUAUCAAUAUUGUACCAAUCCAUAUUGAAUUUUGUGUUUUGUUUAAUUUGUGCUUGUGUUGGAAUUUAUGUUUCUGCUCCUUUGGGGUGCUCAUUGCAUAAUUAAAUUACUUGUAUUUGUA